UUUCUCUUCUGUAUUAGCGCGCUACACCUCCGCCUGUCACACGCUGCGUCCAGAGGCCCCCGGAGGACAGAAAAAACGGGCCAGAAGUCAACAUCUGCUAGGCCGAAAAAAGAUUAAGGUUAUGGAACAAUGGAUGACUGACCAAUAAGAAAUAUUGACUUUACUAUUCCCAGGAGCGUCACGUCACUCUUUGAUUAUUUUUUCCACACUUUUUCUGACGCUAGAUAUUUCUCUUCUCUCUUGGCAAAAAAGACAGCGAGGAGACAACUUUCUGUUUUGGAUUUUUUUUCUGCUUUGCAAAGGAUUUUAUAUUCAUUUUUGAUAUAUAUACAUUUUAAACAAAAGCCUGUGAUAGGGUGCUUCUCCUCCAAAGACUUUUGUUGGGGAUGUUGAGCUCUGUGAAGAUGGAAGCCCACGAUAUACCAGAGUGGAAUACUUUCUACAGCGAGGCCAGUGAGAUGUAUUCCUCUCCCAGCACCAUGAACUCUGGUCUGGGCUCCAUGGGCUCCAUGGGCACCAUCAACAGCUACAUCAACCUGAACCCGGCAACCGCCUCCCCCGCAGGUAUGAACAUGGCGUACCCCAGCUCCAGCCUCAGUAGUUCCCCACUGGCCUCCAUGGGCUCCGGGCCCGGCCACAUGUCUCUCUCACCGGUGGCCUCGUCACUCAGCUCAGGUCCUCUAACCCAGCUGGGACCCGCUGCUCCCGGCUCCCUGGGCUCCUUGUCCCACUACCAGAACAUGGGCCAGUCAAUGAGCCAGCUGGGCUACAGCUCCACUGCGACCCUGAGCCGGCCCGGGCAGAAGGAGAUUCCCCCAAAGCCUUAUCGACGCUCCUUGACCCACGCCAAGCCACCAUAUUCCUACAUCUCCCUCAUCACCAUGGCAAUCCAGCAGAGUGGCAGCAAGAUGCUAACCCUGAACGAGAUCUACCAGUGGAUCAUGGACCUGUUCCCCUACUACCGUGAGAACCAGCAGCGUUGGCAGAACUCCAUCCGCCACUCGCUCUCGUUCAACGACUGCUUUGUGAAGGUGGCUCGCUCACCGGACAAGCCGGGCAAAGGUUCCUACUGGACUCUGCACCCGCAGUCAGGCAACAUGUUUGAGAACGGCUGCUACCUGAGGCGCCAGAAACGCUUCAAGAUCGAGGACAAGCUGGCGAAGAAAGGAGGCAAGAGCCAGGAGGGGGGCUCGGGUAAAGGAGGCCACGGUGGAGAUCACCUGGAGGAUCACAGCCCCACAGGAGGAUCAGAAGGAGCUGACUCCGCCCACUCAGACAACUCCCACCCGGGCUCUUCAGACGACCAGCCGCAUUCCCGAAACUCCAUGGUUCCAUUAGAGUGCCCACCGCUGUCCUCCUCACACCUCCACAGCCCACCUGUCUCCCUGACUCCGUCCUCCUCCACAUCAUCCUCCAUCCCUCAGUCCUCCUUGUCUCUCUCCGCCACCUCCUCCUCCUCCAACCCUCUCCUCCACUCCCAGUCUUUACCAGGCAGCACUCACCUCCUGCCCAGCUCCAUGCAGCAGCACAUGGACCUACAGAGCGACGCCCUCAAGUCUCUGGACCCCCACUACAACUUCAACCACCCAUUCUCCAUCACCAACCUCAUGUCCAACGAGCAGAAGAUGGACCUCAAGUCCUACCAGGACCAGGUGAUGGCCUACAACAGCUACACAGGAGGCUCUCCUGUGGGAGCCAAGCAGAUCUACGACAGCCCAGGGCCAGCCACCAUGGACUCAGGCGCUUACUACCAAACUCUGUACAGCCGCUCGGUGCUCAACGCCUCCUAAUAUGGACACUCACCCCCUCCCCCAUCCCACCCCACCCCUACACACACACACACCUGUCUGUAGAGGUGAGCCAAGAUGGAGACUUCUCUUUCUCUCUUCCUUUUCUAAAAUGGACACCCAAGCCCUCUUUUAUCUUCCUCUUUCUCUCUCUUUCCCUCUUUGGCUCAUGUCCAGUGGCCUUGGAAGAGACUCACAUCUAAAAUGGCUGCCACAUUUGAGGGACCAAAGAACUUCUUUUUUUCUUUUCUUUUACCAACUCUGAAGAACAUGGAGACUGGUUGGUUACACAGAGGAUAGAAAAGUGAAGCUGGAUGAUAAAAAAAAAUUCAACACUGAUGAUGAAGAUAUUUGACUCCUCUGUAUGUAAGUCAUUACAGAUGUCAGAUCCUCUCUUUGCCCGUCACAGGAACACUGUGCAUGGCAAAAUUGGCUUUGUAUAAAAUGUAAAUAGAGGUAAUGUGGGGGGAAAGGAUAUUUGCAUUUAUUUAUGAAGGGAAUAAAUUUUAAUAUAUCUUGUAUAGCGCUCUGCUGACCAGUUACAACCCAAAUGUGAGGGGUUUUUUUUAUCCAAAGAUGGAGAGAAGGAGGCGAGUUUCAGGUUACUGCUUCAGGCAGGUGUUACUCAGUGGGAGACAGUAAAGUUGAUUUUUUUUUUGUGUGUUACAGCAUUUCUCACUACUACGUUCAGUCAGAUCUGUCAGAUCAGACAUCCGUCAAUGUAAAUGUAGCCUUGGAAGUUGUUUUUAAGAAGAAAUGGUUUGUUGUUUAUGGUUGAUAUGAAGAAAAAAAAACAAAGCCAUUUUGUCCUUGCUGGAGCACAAAUGAAAAAAAAACACUUUUGCAGCCAGAAGGAAAGAGGCAAAGUAACUGUGGUAAAAAAAAAAAAAAAGGGAAAAAAAAGAAGAAAAAAAAACUUUAAAAAGGCUGUUGUGUUUAUAUAUUUUUCAUUUUCCACAAACAUUUCCUUUUGUUACCUAUACGGGGGCAUUACAACGAAAUGCUUUUCCACAGACUGUAACAUUUUUGAAUAACAGAUAGCGAGUGAGGUGCAUGGAGGAGUUCAGUCAGUUACUUAAACAGUUGAGGGGAGGAGAGAUGCACUAUGGGAGGAUUUACAUACAGUACUUUGCACUAUGGAGCUCCCACUGGCCAGGUGGGCUGAUGGGCUGGUGUGUGUGUGUGAGUUACAACAAUACUUAGGAAUGACACCCCCCCC